AUGCGUUGGUUACUUUCGUUGGCGUUGGCGUCGUUCACGGCCGGUUAUGUCCAACAAGAUGGCAGUACUUGUACAUUGUACCCCGAGUCACUAAACAAUGAUGGCCAGGCAGUUGAUGAUGCCCCUUCGAUCCACAAGGCUUUCGAUCUCUGCGGCCACAAUGGACAGGUCAUAUUUGCCGCAAACCACACAUUCAACAUCAACACCGUCAUGAACACAACAAACUUGGUGAAUUGCGACGUUAUUCUUCGCGGCGAACUGCGUUGGUCGACCGACAUUGCUUACUGGCUGUCUCACUCCUACUCCGUCGUCUUCCAGGACCAAUCCACUGCGUGGUUGUUUGGUGGCGAAAAUGUUACCUUCCGCAGUGAAGAAGGCGGUUGGUACAAUGGCAACGGCCAGGCCUGGUAUACGCAAAACCAGAAUCGUAGCAAUCAGCCCGGUCGGCCUAUCAGUAUCACCUUCUACAAUUCCACCAAUCUCGUUGUGGAUGGACUGAACAUUACCCAGCCGCAGUUCUGGGCGACUUUUGUCUCCUACAGCAAGAAUGUCUCCAUCACGAACCUCUAUGUCAAUGCCACCAGCAACGACCAAUGGGGUACGGUUAACACCGAUGGCUACGACUCAUGGAACAGCGAUACGCUGCUUGUUGAGAACGCAGUCGUGGUAAAUCAAGAUGAUUGCAUUGCUGUCAAAGGCAACACGACCAACCUCAUGGUGAGGAACAUCACUUGCUAUGGAAACUACGGUAUGGCCAUCGGGUCGGUCGGACAAUACCCCGCUACGCCCGACUAUGUAACGAAUAUCACAUUCGAGAACAUCAACCGCCUUGAUCAAAACUUGGCAGGAGAAAACGAUGACGGUAGCUCGAACGGCGACAGUGGAGGCGGAGGUAGUGGCGUCGUCAAGAACAUUGUUUUCCGUGACUUUGAGAUCAACAAUGUUGCUUUGCCGAUUCAAAUUUCGCAAUGCAUCUAUAGCGAGAGCACAAACACCUGCAAUACCUCGAAGAUGGCGAUCGAGGAUAUUACUUGGUCCAACAUUAAAGGAACCUCGCGAUACAACAUUGCGUCUUCCAUUUAUUGCUCUGACGUGCACCCCUGCCCAGGUCUCAAGUUCGAAAAUAUUGAGAUUCAAUCCGUCAACAGUACUUUGGGUUUGCCCAUGUGGAAUACAGACCUGCAAGACGAGGUCUACCAGUGCACGAACAUCGUGAACGGCCUAGGAAUUCCUUGCAACCACCCCGCACCCAGUAACUACGGUCAAACCGUUACUUCAAAUGUUCAGGGCACUGAUACGAGUACGGAGACAUCACAGACCGCGGCGGGGAACAGUAAAGGGAAGCAGGAGAAACUUGGAUUGGAGCCAUAA